AUUUUACCUUCUUCUCCUUUCUGAUCUUCCCAUUUCAAUUGCCUUUGUUGUCCCCAAACUUAUUGGUUAACUCCAAAAGCUUUAUAAGCACCAGAAGACAAGCCUUUCCAUUGUCUCAAGUCCUCAUCAACCACACCUCAAAACAAAACUCAAUUAAACUAUAUUAAUUGUCUUCAGUGUCUGUACUUUGUUGUAGUAUUAGUUAGUAGCCAUGGCUUUUGUGGUGAGGGUUUUGGCUGUUUUAAUCCUUGUCUUGAAGCUUUCUAUGGCUGCAGUUUACAAGGUUGGAGACUCUUCUGGCUGGACCACCAUUGGUAAUGUCGAUUACAAACUAUGGUCUGCUACUAAGAACUUCCAAGUUGGUGAUAUUAUAAAAUUCGAAUACAAUGCUCAAUUUCACAACGUAAUGAGAGUAACACAUGCAAUGUACAAGACAUGUAAUGCGUCACUACCUUUGGAAACGUACACCACAGGAAAUGACAGCAUCACCAUCACCACUCGAGGCCACCAUUUCUACAUGUGUGGUGUUCCGGGCCACUGUCAAGGCGGCCAGAAGGUUGACAUCAAUGUUCCUCGAACACCCUCUGCCGACGUUGCUCCCACUCCUUUGGUUUCGGUCUCGCCUCCCGCUCCAGCCGUCAAGGCACCUGCUCCGGCUUCCAAUGUGGCUAAUUCUAAGAAGAGUCAUUCUGUUUUGCUUGGUUUGGCUGGUGCUGUGCUUUUUGUAGUCUUUGGCUCAUCUAUGAUUCUUGCUUAAUUUUACCAUUAUUUUUUUUUUAAUGUUUUUUGGCUAAAGAGUUUGUUCUCAAUUGUACUUAUUGUACAAUAUUUUAAAUAAGUUUCUUUAAUAAUAGUGGUAACACAAUCUUGAAUCUUUGAUCUCAAAA